AUGGGCAAACCCACGGCCCCAGGAGCCAGCAAGAGGAAGCGGUCAGAGGCCGUCGACCGCCCCAAGAAGCGCGCACGAUCCGAAAGCAGUGACGAAUCGGGAGAGGACCAACAGGCUCAGAUUCUGCUGCUCGAGGAGGGCAUAGUAGAAUCGAGGAAAAACUACAACAAUAUCGUGACAUUGAUCUCGCUCGCCCAAAAGGAGGAUGACGAAGACGCGGUGGUUGCCGCGGUCUCUACUUGCCGCGUCUUCCUCAGGCUGCUUGCACAGGGUGCCUUGCGGCGCAAAGGUUCCGAAAAGGACGCCGUGGUCGCCAACUGGCUCAGGGAGAGGUUAGGAGACUACAAGGAUGUGCUGCAGAGGCUGUUGCAGCAGGAAGACCUCGGGUCGACCGCCUUGACGCUUGCAAUGAGAGUGCUGAAGGCCGAGGCAUCUGCCACCAACAAGGACAGCGAAGAAUACAGUUUCCCUCGGGCAUUUCUGGCCCAGAUAGUGGCUGGGAUAAUCUCUCCAGGGCGCUCUGCGCAGGAGCUGCGGAAUGAGUUCCUUGAAAAAUAUGUGAACGAGAACGCCGAUGUUCGCUUUUACACCUUCAGGGCAGUCUCCGAGUUCCUCGGGUCGCAAACAACACCACUCAGCCCGGAGUGCUUCGACGGCGCAUUUCAUCUACUGUCCCAGAUAGAAGGUGCAGCGCAGUCAAACAAGGACCUGAACACAUUCUACCUUGACCCGCCGAAAAAGACUUCGCAUGCUGUUCUUUCAGUUGCACAGCACAAGAAGCACGCUCAAGAAGCUUGGUCGAAGCUUCUUGGGACGGGACUUGACAAGGAACAAAAGAAGCAGGUUCUGUCAAUGAUCUCUAGGGUGAUUGCGCCAUGGUAUUCAAAGCCCGAAAUGCUCAUGGACUUCCUCACCGACAGCUUCAACGAAGGCGGUUCGGUAUCUUUGCUCGCACUUUCUGGCGUUUUCUACCUGAUACAAGAGCGAAACCUCGACUACCCGGCAUUCUACCCUAAACUUUACUCGCUUUUGAACGCGGAUAUGAUGCACUCAAAACACCGCUCACGCUUCUUCCGCCUCCUCGACACCUUCCUCAACUCAUCUCACCUCCCCGCACAGCUGGUCGCCAGCUUCAUCAAAAGGCUGGCUAGGCUAUGUUUGAAUGCUCCGCCAAGUGCCAUCGUAGCCGUCAUCCCCUGGUUUUAUAACCUGUUCAAAAAGCACCCGCUCUGCACCUUCAUGAUGCACCGUGAGCCGCGCACCGAAGAGGAGAGGAAGGCGUUGGAGGAAGGCGGACUGGACGAUCCCUUCCUGCCAGAUGAGAUGGACCCUAUGGAAACCGGUGCCAUUGACAGUUGCUUGUGGGAGAUUGUCCAGUUGCAAUCUCACUACCAUCCAAACGUGGCAACCAUUGCCAAAAUCAUAUCAGAGCAGUUUACAAAACAGUUUUACAAUCUGGAGGACUUCCUCGAUCACUCAUAUGGCAGUCUUCUGGAUGGUGAGAUUACCAAGGAGAUCAAGAAGGCACCUGUCGUUGAGUUUCAGAUCCCCAAGAGGAUACUCUUACCCCAGGAUCCAGGCUCUGAGCAGCCAAACAGCUUACUCGUGAAGCUUUGGGGCUUUUCGUGA